CGCAAACAUCGCCAGAUGACAUAGCGGAGUGGGACGGAUUUGGGACACUGUCAUUUGGAGUGUUUUGCGAAAAAAGUAUUCCAAAAUGGAUAAAAAGCGCGUAAAGACCAAAAGGCGCAAAGAUGAGUACACGGGUCCGGGUGGUGUGGAGGAGGUCGUGGAGAAGCCGCCGAAUGAGGAGUACUCGCUGGCCAAGUGGCUGAGACGGAAUGUGCCCACGAAGAAGACCAAGUGUCUGAACCACAAUGUUGAGUACUUCACAGCCUCCAAGGCCCUGGACGCCCUCAUGGAGUCCAAGUUCGCCAAGGGCAGCAGCCCUCUGCUGCCUAGCCGCGAGGCCGCCAUCGAAAUCCUGGACAGCAUGCUGGUGCACAAGUUCUUUCACCGUGCCAAGAAACUGCCCGUCACCGAUGAGGAGCUGCGCGGCCGCAAGAAAGGCGACGAGAAGGCCAAGAAACCCGUUGAGGUGGAGAAAAAGGAGGUGGAGAAGGGCACAGACGCUGAGAGCAGCCACGUAGAGGGUGGCAAGCCGGAACGUGUGGACAAGGAGAAGAAGAAGCGCAAGAUCCGACUGGACAUGCAUCCGGAGCAAGUGUUUGUUGACGGUUCCGAGGCAUAUGUGUGGAUCUACGAUCCCAUUCCGCUCCACUAUUGGCUCUUUGGCGCCCUCCUCGUGGUCUUUGUAAUCGUGAUGUGUCUCUUCCCGCUCUGGCCCACUCCGCUCCGUCUCGGCGUGUACUAUCUGAGUAUUGCCGCGGCAGGAUUCCUUGUCUUCAUCCUGGGAUUGGCGGUGGUGCGCUUCAUCGUAUUCUGCGUCGUGUGGCUGGCCACGGGAUCCAAGCAUCACUUCUGGCUUUUCCCCAACCUGACGGAAGACGUGGGAUUCCUCGCCUCCUUCUGGCCACUCUACAAGCAUGAGUACAAAGGUGUUGAGGACAAGUGUAAAAAGUGCAAGAAGCAACAUAAGGAGAAAGACAGCGACGACGAGGACGAGACUUGUCCGUUGGCGAAAAAGAAGAAGGCAUCGAAGGAGAAGGAGGACGCAGACGACACUCCAUCCCAGGCCGCAGAGGCGACAAAGGAAGUGGAGGCGAAGGACGCCGCCGACCACAGAGACGAGGAGGCCGAGAAGAGGAAAAGCUCUUUGACUCCGUCUGAGAGUGAAUCCGAAAGCUCUCAGAGAUCCUCGACUGGGAAGGACUUUGAAAUUGUUGACUCGACCGACCUGUCACCAGAGUAGAUUGAGUGUGUUGGGGAUGGUAAGAGAAUAUUAUUUAGCACAAGCAUUUCCAAUAUUAGCUAUUAUAUUAUACAAUAUAUUAUAUUAGAGAAAAGUUCAAGGAUGAAGAAAAAAGAGAAAACCGUGGUGUGAUUAUUACAAUAUUCUGCAGAAAUUUAUCGGGAAACACUUUUUUUCUUAUCAGAAUGAGAACAAAUCUAUAAAAAUGUUAAUUAGGUGAAUUUAUAUUUCUCCUUUUUUUAAAUUGUGAAACACAGAACUGACAAAGUUAAAUUGCAAGCAUGGAAAAGAGAAACUGAUAAAGUAAUCUGAUAAAAAUGUUGGCAGCAAAAUAUUUCAAUAGAAAAUAUUUGUGAGAAUGCUAAGGCUUGAUAUAUGAGCUUCUAUCUCGAUGUGGGGACGCGUUGCAAUCACACUGAAGAAUUUACAACUUUACGACUUUUUCCUGUGAAUUUUUUUUUAAUAUAUUUUUCGUGAGGCUGACGAGAGCACAACAAACAAUAAAAUAGAAGAAAAAAAAUUCCAUCAAAGUCGUGCGAAACAUUAAAAAAUUUUAAUUGCCAGUGAGCUUCGCCACACGAGAGAAUGUUGCGAAAGGAGUCCUUGUGGCAUCUCUUCAUUUUAUUAUAAUAUCCCCAAGAGAAUGUACAUAGAAAAUAGAUGUGUUUAUAUAUUUUAUUCUGUGAAAUCUGGCUAAAGAUAUGCUGUGUCUUCUCGGUGGCAGCAUUCAGUGCAUUGAGGAGAAAUAUAUUUGAGUGUGCUAAGAAAGGAGACACCUUUGAACAGUACAGUGCAAUCUAAUCGGCAUAACAUUGGUAGAAUUUCCAUUGUGCUUUUCUUUUAACUAAUUGGAUGUGUAAAUUUGUGACUAAAAACAAAAUAUCAGCCAUAAAAUUAUUGGAUAAGGGAAUUAAUCGUGAAGAGAAUCUCAGAAAAAAGGAGAAUAUGAAAAAUGAGAGAUUAUCGUGUAAAAGUGUUAGAAAUUUACUAGUUUUGACGGGGAGGUGCUUUUAAAAUACAUAUUUUAGUGUAGAUAAAGUACAAUCGUGUUUCCAUGUUUAAAGUUAAACAUUGGCUUCAAUUUUGGCAUCAAGAUGAAAAUCUAAGAUCUUAGGUUCUGAAAUGAUGCAUACAAUGAUGAACAAACUUCCAACAAAUCUUGAAAUCUUGAUAUUGGCAAAGUGUGUUUUAAAACUUUUAAAAGGUACAUAAUUUUUUAUUUAUCUUGGUGUCAUAAUUGAGCUUCUUCGUGUAAAGAGAAAGGAAAAAAAAACAUUUAAAGCAAAUUAGAUUCUGUCGCAAUUUUGUUGCACUGUACUGUAUUUUGUGAGGAACUGAAAGGCAAAUUUUGUAUAAUCUUAUAUUUAUUUAUUUUUCCCAAAUAAUAAAAUGCAAGAAAUAUUAGAUAGUUUUGUAAGGAGACAGAAAAGAGAAGAAGAAAAACUAUGAAAAACCAGCAUUGAGCAACAGUGUUAGAAAAAUUGCGGAUUUAUGUUUUUGCCUUUCGAAAUAACUUUUUGGCGUAUAUAGUGAUUAUCAGUUUUCCUUACUUGUUUCCUAGCGAAUAAAUAUUUUAGCGAGUAGAGAACAAUAAAAGAAUGAUUAAUAAAACAUUGUCAU